GCGAUGCAACUGGACUGAGAUCGUCAAACUGAGAAGAUGGUGGCGGGAAAGACAUCCAAGGAGGCUUUGGCCAGAGCAGCUCAGACAACCACCCCGAAACUACCACCCUUGCCUAAGCUGCGAGUGCGAAAACCGAACAAGGGCGAAGAAAAUCCAUGCCUGACAAUCAUGAGCAGCAUGUUGGGCUGCUGGGCUUCAUCGGGAUAUAGCGCAGCGGGAUGCGCAGUGAUAGAACAACAAUUACGAGCCUGUAUGGAUGCGCGAAAGACGGCCCAGCAAUCGAAGAACACCAUCAAUCAUCAUUUAUCGCGCUUCUACCCACAGAUUAUUGGACCGCACAAGAGGAAGUAGCGCGUUGUAGGAGCAACGUGCAAUAAACGGACAAGAGGCUGAGGUGGACGCGAAGAUUUUGAUACCAUUAGCGGCAUGGGAUGGCGUUUGGGGAAAAACAACCUCCCAUAUGGGAAAUUUCUGGACAGAAAAAUGACCACGUGCAGAGGUGGUUCGUAGGGAGAAGCAGCCUGGACUGGGAUGCUACUCACUCUACUCACGCCUGGCACCACAGGUGCUUGGCGAUACAGUUGAUUCGCAUCGACACGAAUGGCUCAGGAACGCGUUCAUCGGGCGUCCGCUGCACACAAUCUGAACGAAUGGCUUUCCGACCACAACGGUUCAGGCUUGCAUGGAGAACCUACAUGACUGUGCUUCGAAAGCGGGAGUACCCAGACAUACGCAUGGUUUGUACAGAGAAAAGAACACGUCGGCGUGUGCAUCGCGAGGAAGACUAUGUAUGAAAGAGAGAGAUGCAUCGAAAUGUCCACCGUCUAGACAAACGCGGGGCAUGUAACAACACUACAACGUUAUUGUCACACAGCACCAUCGAAGCACUUCGUCCAUUCGUUGUCCAGCUGUCGCCCAAUUGAGCUGCGAGUUGAACAGGGACAGAUGAUGUUCAAAGAAUCACUUCGAACUCGGUGGGCUUCUACGCCUGAUGUCGUGUGUUGUGCAUGAAAUAGCUCGCUGGUUCCCCUACAUGGACUACUCCGAAUGAGCCAGUAUCAUCUUCAGUCUCGAUCUUGAGCUGACUACUAGGAGGUAGCCUGCUACCACGGAACUGUUCAUACGUGUACAUUUACAGACCUGUCUUUUUCCAACUGAAUUGAAGUACCGU